AUGAUCGGGCUACCGGAGAACGCCGCCAACCAAGCCGUAUCGGCGCCCGCCGGUGCCGCUCGUGCCACAGACUCAGCCUCGGCCCAACAACUGGCCUCGCGCUUACUACCCGGCGCUUCUGAGACCUCCGCCGCCGAGGGCAACAAGUCCCCAUCCCAGCACGUUGUUGCUCCUGGUGGUGAAGGCGGCGGGGUUCUAGGCUCCGGCGACGUCGGCGUGGGACGCUCUGAUCUCCAUACCAACGGCGGAGGAGGAGGAGGAAGAGGAGGAAGAGGAGGAAGAGGAGGCACAAGAAGAAGAGGUGGCGCAGCUGUUGGGAAAAGGGGAGGGGUUCAGGCGGGCGGUGGCGGGGCGGCGGGGCCGCAAAGAAAACGGCCCCGGCAACAACAACGAUCGGGGUCUCCGGGACGGGCAACGGUCGGCGCCAGCAGCAGUAGCAGCGGCGGUAGCGCGGAGCGGACAAUACCCCAGCAGCACGAGCCGCCAGCAGCUCUCACGGCCGCUUUUGCUGCCGCUGCGGCGGCCGCUACUCGUGGUGGCGGUGGCGCCGCCGCCGCCGCUAGCAAAGAGCUUCUCUCGCUGCCAACAGCGGAAGCGGGGACAACGGACGCGAGCGCGGCGCCGAUGACCAUGACAGCGGCGGUGCCGCCGACGGCAGCGGCAGCAGCUAAUGGGGCGCUGGGCCUAGCCGCCACGGUAGCGAGCUUCUACGACGAGCUCCCCGGGAGCGUGACCGCGCCGGGAGGGGUCGGCGGCGUGCCGACGGUGCUGCCGUCUCCGAUCGCGCCGUCCGCUAUACUGCCGUCGGUGGCCGCGGCCGCCGCGGGCCCCCGUGGGGCGGUCCCGCUUGCCGUUGCCGCCGCUCCAACGGGGAGCGGCGCGGGGCCAGGGGGCGGCGGCGGAGGCGUGGAUGGUGGUGGCGCCAGGGUGGGAGCUGGUGGAGGGCAGUCGGGGACUGGGGGGGGUGUAGUGGGGGGCGGCCGACCUCCAGGGAUUGAUUUGUCGCCGGCGACCUUGCAGCUCCGUCAUCAGGCUCAGCAGAUGAACGCCUUGUUCCAGACCAAGCAGCUGGCCCUCAAGCAGAAGCUCCAGUCGGGGCACAUCACGCUCAAGCAGGCCCAGCAAGUAUCUCAAAUGCAGCAGACUCAGUUGAUGCACGCGAUGCAGACGCUUCAAGGGCAGGCGCAGGCCCAACAGCAGCAGCUCCUAGCGCAGCAACAGCCCCAACCGAGCCCGAAGUCCAGCCCCGUGUCGUCUGGCUUACCAGCCCCCGCCGCCUCCAGCGGCGAGGGCGACACCGAUGCGAUGAAGUCCGGUGGUCCCGGUACAACAACCGGUGGCAUUAGCAGCGGUAGCAUUGCUGCCGGCGCCGCUGCUUCCGCCGGCGCGGUCACCGUCAGCGCCGGCGGCUCCACCUCCUCGAGCGCUGCUGCCACCGCGACCUCGCCGGACAAUGCGUCCGGGGAGACGACUCCCUCAGUAGACGGAGCCAAGGGCGGAGCAGCGGCGGCGGAGGCCAAGGCUGAAGCGGCAAGCGGCGGCGACGGCGUGGGUUCGGGGUCGGGGGGCGAGAGCGGGGGGGUGCCGAACACCCUGAUGCAGAACUUCGAGGCGUCUUCGGCCGCGAACCGGAUGGCGACGGCCGCGGCUGCCGCGGGCGGCGGCGGCCGCGGCGGCGGCGGUGGGGUGGACCUCGAGCAGCGGUCGAGUGGCGACGUUGACGGGGCUGCUGCUGGCGGUGCCGGGGUGAACGGCGGUGGCGGCGGCGCAGCUAGUGUGACGUACCGACGCAAGGGGCCCUUGGGACGCAGGCGGCAGGGGUGGAGGCGGCAGCGGCUGCGGCUGCGGCUGCGGGGGUGCUGCCCGGGGGAAGGGGAGCGGCAGCCGUGUUUGGAGGAGGGCUUCCGCAACCGAAGACUGCCACCGCCGCGGCCACUGCGGUAUCGGCACCGGCGUCGGCCGAUCUCCAUCAGCAGCGCGGGGCACAGAGAAGCGCUCCCUCGGCGGCAUCAGCAGCAGCGACGCGUGGACGAGGAGGUGGCGGUGGAGGAGCACGGGGGGGCAGAGGGAGAGGAGGAGGAGGAGGAGGAGCGACGCGAGGAGGUAGAGGGAGCUCCUCUGCCGCCGGUGUCGACGGUGGCGGCGGUAACGACAGCAACCCGCUUCUGGGCGGCGGCGGUGGCGGCGGUGCCGCCGCCGCCGCAACACCGGCAGGCACCACCACCGGCGGCAGCAGCAGCAGCGGGGGCGGCGGCGGCGGCUUUGGAGCAAUCGCUGCUCUCUCCCAGGCCGCUCGACGAGUUCGGAGAGGGGGAUGACGGGUACGACUGGGGCGCCGACGGGGAGGAGGAGUUCAUGAGCAUGCUCAACCUGGCCAUGGAGGAACAGGAUGCGGAGCUGAGCCGGACGAAAGGCGGGGCGGCGAUGGACAUGGAGCUGCUUGACAUGGACAUGGAGGACAGCAUCGCCGACGCAACAGCCGAUGAGAACGACGGGGUCGAUAUGUCCGACAAGGAGGUUUCGAGGAGCGGAGGCGUGCUCGGGUGUAACGGGUCUCGCAGCCGCCGGAAACAGUUGCAGUUUGUCGAGAGCCUCGAGAAGGCCAAGACAGCGAUGGAGAGGGACCUCGCAGCGCGGGCUCAAGAGGACCGGCUCGCCUCGGAGAUCAAGGAGAAGUGGCAGCAAAAAAUGCAGGGCAUCGCGCGCGACAUUCUCCGGAAGUGGUGGGCCGUCGGCGGACCAGGCGGCGGCAGCGUUGGCGAUGACAAGAAUACAGUUAGCUGGAAAGAGCUUCUGACGGAAGAUGUGGUGAUGAUGGCGCCGGUAGAGGAAGGGGGUUCCCCCGACAGCACGUGCUCCGGGGGGGGGGAGGGGGGGGUGGUACAGGAGACCGCCGCCGCCGGUGGCCUCGUCGUCGCAAGAGCGCCCCGAGCGGUAGAGCGGCGGCUGGUGGGUCCCCUGGCCGUGGAGGGGGAGGCGGAGCGGCUGAGGGUCCUGACGGAGACCCUGGGUCAGCAGACCGCCGCCGGCAACAUCAAGCUCAAGUUCGAACUCCACGUGGACCACUGGGCCUUCGGCGAGCGGGAGCUCAUGUGCCAGUGGCGCGUCUUCACGCGCAACGUCGGCGUCUGCGGCGGCCGGCGGGAGCUGGAGACCCGCGGGAUGAUGGCCCUGCGUCUGUGGACGAGCGAGGACGGGGAGGCGCCGGUGGUGGAGCCGAAGACAAAGGCCUCCACUUCGUUGCUGGCGAUGGAGGCCGGGGCGGCGGCGAGGGCCGGGGCCGCCGCCGCCGCCGCCGCCGCCGCUGCUGCUGCCGGUGGUGCCGCCGGUGCCGCCGGCGGAGGAGGGAAAGUGGAAGCUCGCGGGGGCGUCAGACACGGCCACGGUGGUCCCAACCCUUCUCCUGGAGGGGGCAGCGGCAGCGGCAAGAGAAGCGGCGGUGACGGUGGAGCGGGUGUUCCCCCGCGGCGGCAGGAUGAUGACGCGGAGGAGGAGGAGGAUGCGCCGUGGUUGAAUACCCCCCGGCACGAACGCGAUGGCAGCGGUGGCGGUAGCGGCGAGGAUGUUUCCUCGUGGACGGCCCGUUGGCGUGAGCUGUACGGGACCGGCAAGGCGACCGACGAGCCGCCGUCGUCGCUGGACAAGGUGGUGGGCGUCCCGCGUCAGGCUAGGGCGAGGAUCGUGCACAUCCUGUACGACCAUGGUUCGUUGGUCAGGGAGGUGGAGGAGAGCUUCGGGAUGGAAAUUAUCCCUGUCCCGCGGACGCUAGAGCAGGCAAAACUGCCCCGAAUACGCCGGAGAUUGGCGGCAACGGCAACCGCGGGGUCGUCGCCCUCGGCCUGCUCAACACGUGAGAUCGCCAAGAACGGGGAAGCAACAGCAGCAGCACCGGCAGCGAAAGCAGAGACGGAUCGGGUUGAGGAGCUAGACAGCGGCGACGGCAGCGGCGGCGGUGAAAAGCUUGGAGGUGGUAGCGGCGGUGGGCCCGUUGCGGUCGACGCGAAGGAUGGCGUCGAGGCCAACGGCGUGGACGUGGAAGCAGCUUCCGGCGAAGAGGCCGGUGGCGGCGGUGGCGGUGGCGGUGGUGGCGGCGGCAGCACUACCGUCAGGAACGACAGCAGCAUAGCCGCGUUGUCUUCGUCAAGUGACCCCAACGCGGUGGCGGCGGCACCGGGGGGAUCAGAUGCAGCGGGCCAAGGAGAGGGGGGCUGCGACGGCCUGGCCGACGAGGAGUCCCGGGGCGAGGAGCUCAUGCGGAGGAGAAGGCUCCGCACCGUUCGCUUCGCCGAGGAGGGAGGAGGAGGAGGGGGAGGCAGCGAAGGCGGGAGCGACGCGGCUACCCUCGCGGAACGGGUGGCGGAAGCCAAGUCGGAGGCGGCGGAGGCGGCGGCGGCCGUGUCGGUCGGGACCAGCGGCGGCGGCGGCGGCGGCGACGGGGGCGGGGGCGGGUGUACACGGCGAAGCACGGGGGGGGUCGGGGGGGAUCAGCCUGCUGAAGACGGGCGGAGGGACGCGGUGGCGGCGGCGGAGUCGGAAAGGAGCGUUGGUGGCGGCGGUGUGUUGCUGGGCUCUCCGUCCUCCGCGCAAGAAGACGAGGAGGUGCAGCGAGAGCUUUUCCGUAAAGUUGCACAGGCCACGGAGCAGGGCAUCCCUUCUUGGGUCCCGGUGUGCGUCGUGGCGGCCGACGGGACAGAGACGCGCGCCUACGCCGCGGUGUACCCGCUCACGUCCACAUCGUCAUCGUUCUCACCUCUGGCCCCCGCUAGGGACGUCGGUGGCAAAGCUGCCAGCGGCAGUGGUGGUGGUCAUACCGGAGGUGAUGGCGCUGCUGGUGACGACGCUGCUGCUGGCGACGGCGGGGGCAAGAUUGGGAGUGGGGCUCGGGGACGAGAUCCGGAUGCGCUGACGGAGGAGGGGCAAGCGGGGGGGGGGCACAACGGCGGCCGCGACAGCAUCAGCAGUGAUCGAGAAGGCGUGCGAAUACGCCACGCCUUGUGGGAGUUCCACUGCAUCGACAGGAGCACCUGCCUGAGCGUAGCGCGCCUGGUGGAGAAACUGAUGGCGUUCAUGCUGCUGAGGAUCAAGGAGGCUUUGCUGGACCCUACUUGCGCGGACAGCUUCGUGCUCAACGACUUCGCGCUCCUUCUCAAGCAAAGCAGCAGCAGCAGCAGCAGCAGCGCCAGCGCCAGGAGACCGCGAGAAGGUGGCGACAAAGACGACGACAACGACCAGGACGGCGAGCACGAGCGGGGGGCUGUACCCAGCGGCACGACCAAGGGCAAGGGCAAGGGCAAGGGCAAGGGUAGCGGUAGCCGCGAAGGCAACGGCAACGGCAACGGCAAAGGAGCAGACCGAAGCAGCAACAAUGCCAACGGCGGCGGCAUCAGGAGCAGCCUAGGAAACGCCCGCGACCGGAUGAGAGCGGUGUCGUCCAUGGAGAAGUUCUGGCGAGUGUACGCGUCCGUGUCGCACAGGGAGCUCCAGUUCCAGAGCGGCGGGAUGCGCACCAAGGAGAACGGGUUCCUGGGCGUAGACAGCGCGUCACGCUCUCGGUCUGGCGGCAGCAGAACUCGGAAGAGAACGGCCGGCGGCGGCGGCGGCGGCGGCGGGGGCGGCACGCCUGCGAGCAGGCCGAAGAGGACUCUCGGGAACAUCGAGGAGGAGACGACGCACCUGCUCAUGCACAUCAUCAGGCGAUUCUUCUGCGAGGCAAGGCGAGGAAUCGUGACGCAGCUCUUGUUCCACAUCCUGGAGGGGUGCGAGGACGACCUGGAGCUAGGGAAGGUGGUGCAAGAUUUCUUGUGGUCCUGCUGGAACCUUCACGACAACGAGCAGGUGGUGAAGCUGAUGAGCGAAGCGACCAAGCUCCAAGAGGCUGGCAGCUUCGACCGUUCAAACGCGGCGGUCGACAAGGUAUUGGAGAUUGACAGCGGUCACUUCGAAGCUUUGAACUGCAGGGCUACUAACCUGCUCCUCCAGGGUGCUCUUCAUGAAUCCGUGGCGGGAAUCCAUAAGGUUUUGGAGAUGGAGCCGAGGCACUUCGGGGCGUUGAGGGGGCUCGGCCUGCUCCGGAUGAACCUCAAGGAUUAUUCGGGAGCUCUGGGGGCUUUCGAGUUGACGGCAAAGAUCAACCCCAUGCUUCUGCCGGGACUGCGGGACAACAUGGCGGUUUGCCAGGCGGCGGCGAAUGCCAUGCUUUCGUGA